CGCUGUUCGUAGGAGGAGGUUGCGCGGCUGCUCCGCUCCUCCUCCUCCCCCGGCGGGCGAGAGGCCGGGCCGGGCCAGGGCGGCGGCGGCACGUGCGCGGGCGGGAUGGAGCUGGAGGAGUUGGGCAUCCGCGAGGAGUGUGGCGUGUUUGGCUGCAUCGCCGCGGGCGCCUGGCCCUCGGAGCUGGACGUGCCGCAUGUCAUCACGCUGGGGCUGGUGGGGCUACAGCACAGGGGCCAGGAGAGUGCUGGAAUCGUGACAAGUGAUGGAGAAUCAGCCCAGGCAUUCAAAGUGCAUAAGGGAAUGGGUCUUAUUAAUCAUGUGUUCAGUGAAGACAGUCUGAAGAAGUUGUAUGUUUCAAACCUUGGAAUUGGCCACACAAGAUACUCUACUUCGGGGAUCUCAGAACUGCAGAACUGCCAGCCUUUCGUUGUAGAAACGCUUCAUGGGAAGAUUGCUGUGGCACACAACGGUGAAUUAACGAAUGCUGCAAGACUUAGGAGAAAGCUGAUGCGACAUGGUGUGGGGCUGUCAACAAGUUCUGACAGUGAAUUAAUCACCCAGCUGCUGGCAUUUACCCCUCCUCUAGAGAAUGAUGAUACAGCUGACUGGGUAGCAAGAAUUAAAAAUUUAAUGAAUGAAACCCCUACUUCAUAUUCAUUGCUACUUAUGCAUAAAGAUAUAAUCUAUGCAGUACGUGAUCCUUAUGGGAAUCGUCCACUCUGCAUUGGCCGUCUCGUUCCAGUAGGUGACAUGAAUGGAAAAGGGAAGGAUAACAGGGAAACAGAAGGAUGGGUGGUCUCCUCUGAAUCCUGUAGCUUUUUAUCUAUUGGUGCAGAGUAUUAUCGUGAAGUCCUACCUGGAGAGAUUGUGAAAAUAUCCAGAUAUGAUGUCCAAACACUUGAUGUUGUGCCAAGACCAGAAGGAGAUCCCUCAGCAUUCUGUAUAUUUGAAUAUGUUUAUUUUGCAAGGCCUGACAGCAUCUUUGAAGGUCAAAUGGUUUAUUCGGUUAGGAGAAGAUGCGGUCAGCAGCUUGCUAUUGAAGCACCAGUGGAAGCAGACUUGGUUAGCACUGUUCCAGAAUCUGCAACACCAGCAGCACUGGGUUUCGCACAGAAGUGUGGACUGCCGUACAUUGAAGUACUCUGUAAAAACCGAUAUGUAGGAAGAACUUUUAUUCAGCCAAAUAUGAGGUUGAGACAGCUUGGUGUGGCAAAAAAAUUUGGAGUCCUGUCUGACAACUUUAAAGGCAAACGAGUAGUUCUCAUCGAUGACUCUAUUGUGAGGGGCAAUACUAUCUCACCGAUUAUCAAACUGCUCAGGGAAUCUGGUGCUAAAGAGGUGCAUAUCCGUGUGGCUUCACCUCCCAUACGAUUUCCUUGUUAUAUGGGAAUAAAUAUUCCAACAAAAGAAGAACUAAUUGCAAACAAACCUGAAUUCCAUGAUCUUGCAAACUAUAUAGGAGCAGACAGUGUGGUUUAUCUUUCUGUUGAAGGCUUGGUGUCAUCUGUGCAAGAAAGUAUUAAAGCCAGGCAAGAAAAUGAAAACCACCUUAAAACCAAUAAGUCAUGUGUUGGAAAGAUUGGUCAUUGUAUAGCAUGUCUCACUGGAGAAUACCCUGUAGAGCUCGAAUGGUGAAAUUUUAAUGCACAAGCAACCAUGCUAAAUGUAAUUUUUGACUGAGAAAUGCAUUAUACCUAAUAGCAUAUAACAUGCUCUUACAUUUAGCAAACCACUUAAAGUCUAUUAUAUCUGUCUAAUUGCUGUAACUGAAAUAAAUCUUUACAGACUUCCAAUAACUUUAUGGUGAUAACCAUAUAAGUACCUAAAUGGAGAAAAUAUAAAAUUAGGCAGAUUUGAUUAACAGCAUUGCUUUUUUGACAUGUGACAGUGUAUAAACCAAAAUAUUUUCAAAUACAUAGCUGUUCCAGCUGAAGAGGUUUUUUUUUAAACCUUGUUUGGGAAGAUGAAUAUUUUUUAUAGACAAAAUUGGUUAAUUUAACCAACUAAGGAUACAGAUCCUGGAUCAUAAAAUGAACUUUAGAAUUAUCAAACAGUAUUGCAAAGAAUAAUGUGAAGCCUGCUUUUCUGUUUUGGACAAAAUAGCAGAUUCUAGAAAGUUUAUUUUUCUUUUCUUUUUUUUUUAAUGGUUUUCCCAGCAAUUCUUAUUAAGCCCUUUAUGGAAUAUUGGAUUUUAAAGAACAAGUUAAGUGCCUAAAUGUUUGCUUAUAUGGUAAAUUGUCUUUAUAAUUAAGCUAUGUAGCUACAUCUAAUCUAUAUAUCAUGUUGAGUGAAUGUUGCCUUCAUGGCAUGUGGCCUUAAAAGUAGAAGACUCAUGGAAAUUCUAAACAGAAAGCUCUGUAAGUCGGUGUAGUUUAAAGUUAUGAAUAAUAACCAGCAUAAUUUGUACAAUCUUUUGGUGUUUUUAAUUUAUUUCAGUGGAAUCUGUUGGCAGAAAUUAGUCACAAUAAGAUUAGACGUGCAUUUCAAACUUGAUGAUUUUUUCCCCUAAACAUUUUAUUAUUUUAAUAUAACUUCUUAAAAUAUGAAGGCUGAACUAAUGUGUGCUUUUAUAUCAGCUUUUAAGGUAGCAU